AUGGCCUCUACCGACGACGAUGCUCGCAGAAACCGCAUUCUGUCACACAUGAACAAGGAGCACACUAGAGAAAUCUCCUAUUACCUCCGCCACUACACCCGCCUCUCUGCCUCUGCUGCCUCCUCCCCCACCCUCAAGGAUAUUAAUCUCAAUGGAAUGACAAUCAAGUCUCAUGACGGAAAAGAGCAUUAUGUCCCCUUUACGCCUCCCCUCUCCACCUGGGCUGAGGUGAAGGAGCGCAUCGUCGCGAUGGCCAACACAGCCCGCGAGUCACUUGGCCUCAGCGAUGUCAUCGUCACCGCCUACACGCCCCCAGAGGGAUUCGGCAUCUUCGUCACAGGCGCUGUUCUGUUUUACUUCUUCUGCGCCGCAGCACUCCCGUGGGUCCAGCCCGGCACCCGCAUCUGGGAGCUCUUGAACAAUGGGUUCCCAGGAGGGGCGACUUUCUUCCACUGGCUCGUCAACGCCAUCUUCUGGCCUGUGAUUGCAAUCCACACUGUUGAGUGUUUCUUUUUCGAUAGGAAGCUACAGAGGCAUAGCGUUGAGCGAUUCUCUCGACAGUGGUUGCUUUGGCUUGCCAAUUGUUUCUUUGAGGGAUUCCCGGCUUUCCAGCGUCUGGACGGCAUUGUGGCCCGGAAGCAGGACAAGAGUGGCAAGACGCAGUAA